CGCGCAGCCUAUGUAUAACUCGGCCAUGAUUACAUAAGUGUUAAAUAGAUAAUUAUUAGCUUUCUCGCGUGUUAUCUGCGAUGAGUGCGCGAAUUUGUGUCCCAAUGACUUGAAAAAAUCAUUUGCGACUCAGUUUUCGUCCAAAAUGGUGCUGUGUACUCUCAUUUUCGCAAUUUUAGCAAUUUUCGCAAUUGCAAAAAUUUAUUUCAAACUAACCACAGGUUGGUGCAAAAGUCAGACUUGUUUGGUUGGCAGAACUGCCUUAAUAACGGGCGCAAACACCGGUAUUGGUUAUGAGACAGCUCUUGAUUUCGCCAAAAGAGGCGCUCGAGUCAUUUUAGCUUGUCGCAAUAAAUCCAAAGCGGAAGAAGCCCGUUUGAAAAUCAUUUCCGAGACCGGAAAUGAAAAUAUUGUGGUCAAAAUCGUCGAUAUGGCCUCAUUUGACUCGGUUCGAGCCUUCGCUAAAGAAAUCAACGAGACCGAAAAUCGUCUUGAUAUUUUAGUUAAUAAUGCGGGGAUUUUAAACUACGGGGAUAGGACUUCCCAGGAUGGACUUCCGCUUCUCAUCCAGACCAACCACUUUUCCGGCUUCCUCCUAACACAUCUGCUAUUGGAGUUGCUGAAAAAGUCGGCCCCUAGUCGCAUCGUCAACGUGUCCUCUUUAGCGGCCGGUUUGGCCACCAAAUUCGACGUCAACCGAAUCGAAAAACACGUUUCAGACUCUGACGAUUACAACAAUUCAAAAUUGUGCAAUAUUUAUUUCACUCAAGAGUUGGCGAAAAAACUGAAAGGGACGGGAGUUACGGUCUAUUCCCUCCAUCCGGGAGUUAUCAAAACUGAUAUUACUAAUAAUUUGACAGGUUUAAGAAAAGUAGCAUUUGCUAUCAUGAUGAAUACCAUGUCCAAAAAUCCUGAAGAAGGGGCACAGACUACAAUUUAUUGUUCUGUUGCGAAAGGAAUCGAGAAAUGGAAUGGCGAGCUUUUCGCUGAAUGUAAAAGGAUUGAGACGUACAAAACGGCACGUGAUGAAGGAGUCGCGAAAAAGUUGUGGGAGAAGUCGGAGAGAAUUGUUAAGUUGUGAUUAUGUCUGAGUUUAAUUAUUAUGACAAUUAAUUUAAUGUAAUGAGCAAUAAAAUUAAAGGUUAAAAAGUCUCUAAAA